AUGCAUCCCUCCAUUUUGCUGCUUCUCAUUCUAUACAGGGUAAAUUGCGAGGAGAGCGCCCAGUACCUACAAAACACCGUCAGGGACUUACGGAAACUAAAUUACAGACAAACCCUACGAAGGGUCGAUUUAACCACACCUAAAACCACCAUCAACGCCGUUUUACCAUCGAACAAAGCCGACAGAAGGAUCCAACACAACACAGAAUAUCACACGCCUCCUCCAUUAGGGCUGACGAAGGGCGAGCUGCUUUCUCUGUACGAAAAUGCAGUGGCUAAAGGAGACACGCUGAAAAUAAAUACGGGCGGUAAUAAUUUCGUUCGAGCUGCAGUGCACGAAUUGGACAAUUAUCAUUCGCACGCUGCGCACGAUGAAGAUGACAAAACCGACGAUGGGAAAUACUAUUACUAUUAUUAUCCCAUUAAGAGCUUCGCCGACGAGAUGACGUCGCAAGUUAGUGACAGCCACACUGUUAAAAUAAAAAAGGAAAUCGAACCGAAGAAAUCCGACAAUAAGCUGGAGCCCUUGUUCAUGGCCAUCUCGGGUCUGGUGGGAAUGGCCGUGAUGUUCGUAUUCUCCAUGAUAGUCCUGCCGAAGUUCGGCCUCAAACCCGCCAAGAAAAUCGCGUGGCCCAAGGGCCACGACAUGGACGAAUUAGCCAAAUUGGCUCUGAGCGCCAUCGAGGGCAACGAUUGCAGAGAGAGAUUCGCCUGCGAGCUGACCAAAACCGCCAGGAACUACAACAUACCGGAUAACAGAUUCUUAAAGUUGUUGAAAAGGAUAACGCCCGGUACGUUGGGCCAAUACAUGGAAAGGUUCAGUUACGGUAACAGGCAGCUGAAAUGCACGCUGAUCCCUUGCAGGAAAGCCGUGGCGCAGAAGGUUCAGAAAUUCGUGAAAAAACCGCCGAUAAGGAAGAAGGCCGCGGCCCAUAAAAAAAACUGA